AUGUCGUCUGCUCCAGCUGAGUUGGUCCACAAACCCCUGGAUGGUGGAUGGGGCUGGAUGGUGGUAGUCGGGGCUCACAUUUCCAUCGGAUUUGCAUACGCCACUCCCAAAGUCCUCUCCAUUUUCUACAAAGAGAUCCAGGAUAAUUUGGGUGUCAGCUCCAGUGAAAUAGCGUGGAUUUCCUCUAUCAUGCUAGCUGCCAUGUAUGCAGGCGGACCAGUGAGCAGCGUGUUGGUCAAUCGCUUUGGAAGCCGACCAAUAGUCAUACUGGGCGGACUGAUGUGUGGGGUCUCUAUGGUAACCGCUUCUUUUGGGAACUCCAUCGUUUUCCUCUACCUUUGCAUUGGCGUCAUUGGAGGUAGUGGACUCUCCUUAAACCUCAAUGCAUCUCUAACCAUCAUCAGCAAGUAUUUCCUGGUCAAGCGUCCUUUAGCCAACGGACUAGCCAUGGCCGGGAGUCCCGUGUUUCUGUGUCUCCUGGCCCCCCUCAACCAAUUUUUACUGCUCCAGUUCGGCUGGAGAGGAAGCUUCCUCAUCCUCGGGGGUCUGAUGCUCAAUUGUUGUGUUGCCGGGGCCCUGAUGAGGCCUGUGAAAAGUAAGCCAGCCACUUCUUCACCACAGAAGAAAGUUGAGGAGCAGCCAAUUAAGAGCAACACCAAGCUAAAAGAAAGCUGUAUGAACAAUGCUAGGAAGUUCUUGGAUUUGACCUUCUUCAGGGACAGAGGCUUCGUCAUUUACCUCAUUGGGAGCGUGCUGUUCAUCUUCGGCGCCUAUGGGCCCAUCGUGUUCCUGCCAGCGUAUGCCAUUAGCCUAGGCGUAGAGGAGUAUCGCGCGGCCUAUCUGCUCUCUAUUAUGGGCUGUGUGGACAUGAUUGUUCGGCCCGGCACUGGCCUGAUAGCCAGCAGCAAGUGGAUCAGGCCCAGAAUCCAGUACUUCUUCAGCUUUGCCAUGGUCUUCACCGGCAUGUGCCACUUACUGGGCCCGGUGAUCAAGGGCUACUACUUCCUGGUGACCUACACGGUGUUUUUCGGCGUGGGUUUCGGAAUGGUUUUCGCCCUGAUAUUCGAAAGUCUGAUGGACCUGAUGGGAAAUGAACGCUUCCCCAGUGCUGUUGGACUGGUCACCAUCAUCGAGUGCCUCCCCAUGCUGCUGGGACCGCCUGCUGCAGGGUUACUGGUGGACAUCUUUGGCGAGUACAAGUACCUUUUCUUCAUGUGUGGCUCAGUGAUCUUGACUGGCGGACUCUUUCUCUUCGUCAUGAACAUUUACAACUACCACAUGCUGGAGAAGGAGAAGCCAGAAAACGACAGUGGGCUAAAAAACAUAGAGAACCAGGACCAGGUGAACGCCUCAGAGGUAGAGAAGGUACAGACCCCCGAGGCGGCGACGGAACGAACUGAGCCCGAGGCUAAAGAGAAGAAUGGAGCCCAGAAAGAUCUAUGACCGGAGAAUGCAUAAACAACCAAAUGGGAAUUAACUGUAACUCUCCAGUCAAAUGCUAUUAAGUCACUGCAGAUGAAGAAGGCGCAACAAGAAGACGCAAUUAAAAAAGCGCCAAUCAAACCUCAAACGGUGAAAAAACAAUGUAGAACAUUAGAAGGAAGUAGAGAGUUACUGUCUCCUUAUCACUCUGAUCUCAUCUACUACUACUUUUAGACGCUGCAGAGUGACAAAUAUGUCACAUGCUUCAUGUGCUGCGUGACUUAUUCACGAAGUCUGUUUCCAUUUGACUUUGUCGCAUUUUGCUUUUAGCGAAGAAAACAACUUUUUCCACCAAACCCAAAUGUAAAAACCUUUUUUUUUUUUUUUUUUUAUAGAAUAUUUGCACAUUCACACUUAAUCAGUCUGUCAGUCAACAUUCAUAUUUGAUUAAGUGUUUAAGUAAUUUACCAAGACAAAGAGCCUAUAGUCACGCUAGCGGCUCUGUAAGGCUGUACUUGGGCACAGCAGAGCUCUGAGCUAAAUGCUUAUUAUAUUAUCUGCUUAGCAUCUUAUCAUGCUGAUGCUAAGCAGAUAUAAUGUUUACCAUGUUCACCACAUAGACUGUAAAUAAAGAUGGACGAUGCGUCUUCACUUCCUCCCACUGUACAAAAGUGAAGCCAAAAUAUCCUGGAUACGGGAGCUGCCAACUUGAGAUUUUGACGUCAUUUGGAGCCAGAGUCUGAGCAGUAGUGAUCGGGGGGCUGGAGCAGCGGUGUAGAGGUCCCGCCCACAACCCACCCGAGCCAAUCACGAGCAGAGCACAGCCGCAGCUUGUUAGCGUGAGCCACCUAGCUGCUACGUUAGUACCACGGUAGCUGUUUGGCUAGAAAGACACAACAACUAACUAAUAAUAUCUCUAUAAUAACGAUUUUUAUGAUCAAACUGACACGUUUUCUAUUACACAGACUCAUGACGGUUAUGGAAAGUUAAAGUUAAAUCUCUUCUCUCGUACAAUUCCUGAGUCUUUCUGCAACUACUUCCCUCAUAGCAGCUGUCAAUCAUGACGUCUAACCUACUUUUUAUAGCAUCAAAUAACUAAUUAAAACCAAACUUAUCAGAAAAAUUAAGAGUUGAACAUACAACAGCGUGAUAAGAACUACCUAAAAUGACAGAAACCAUCUUUUGGAAAAAUUUAUUUGACGUGUAUUUUGACUUUUUUGGUUUGGUCCAUGUUCCAUCUGCUAACAUGUUGGGGGCGGGACUUAUGACCUAUACUGCAGCCAGCUACCAGGGGGCGAUCCAGAUGUUUUGCCUUCACUUUUGGGGAGCUGUCAUGUCAUCCAUCUUCAUAUACAGUCUAUGGUUCACCAUCAUUUGUGUGUUAGCAUGCUAACAUUUGAUAAUUAGCACUAAAUACAAAGUGCUGUCGAGGCUAAUGGGUCAAUAGUUUUGCAAGUAUUUUCUAAAACGAGUAACAUUUCUUCCUGAUGAUGGCGUUACAUGAAAUGUCAGGGACUCACAAAAGCUGUUACAGUUCCUCCUGAUGUCUGUACUACAUUUCAUGGCAAUCCAUCCAAUAGUUGCUGAGAUAUUUCACUUAAAACCACAAAUGUCAACUGCAAGGAGGUGCUCACCAGUCAGUGGGAUUCAUCGUCUGAGCACCAUGGCCGUUUCUACCAAAAUUUUGUACCAAUCCUUUCAGUAGAUGUUAAGAUAUUUAACAGGAUAAGAUGAUGAACAGUUUGACCUUUUUUAAAAAGUCAGAGUAUCACUGAAGUCAGUUGACUUCAUCCUGCGGGGACCAUAAGUGUUUGUACAAAAUUUGCAAUUCACAGUGAAAGCCGAAAUGCGAGAGUGAAUGUUUGCAGUGACUGUUAACUUCUUUCUCUCACAUGAUCAUGAAUCAACACUUUCUGUUUGGUGACUCCUAGCUGUUCAUUGCACGGUAAUCUAAUCUCCCUCGUUUUAAUUGUUACUGUGGUAAUGCACAUAACCUCAGGAGACUGUCGGGGGAUAUUUUCCACUUGCUGUGUUUGCAUCAUCAAACUUGCAAAUGGUUUCAGACAUGAAAUACUGUAGUUGCCAGAAAAGACGUGGAAGUAUUGAAAGUGUAUCUUUACUAAAAAUGCAAAGCCUGUAACAAAACCUAAAAUGUGAUAUUAACUUGUGAUCAUUCUCUAAAGCAAACAAUAGUCUUUUUUAAA